AUGGCAGAACAAGUUCCCCAAGCCGUUGCUGGUAGAGCGAUAGCUCAAGUUGUUCAAAAUCCUCAAGUUGUUCAAAAUCCUCAACCUGCUCAAGGCGAACCUGCCGUGGCGCAGCAAGCUCAGGACCAACCUAUGGCACAACAAGCUCAGAAUCAAGAGGUAUGCAUCUUUUUCUGUUUGGAUACCAUGUGGUUGAUUAUAUUUCAGUGGCUAAUUUUUAUCGGUAGAGUUUCGAUUUGGUUUACUUUCUGUAGAUGUGAAAUUGUGUCAGGCCUGCGGGGCUGUGAAAGUUUUUUCUUUGCCUGCGGGGCCGUUAAAGUUACUUGCCUGCGAGGCCGUGAAAGUUUUCUUUGCCUGCGGGGCCGUGAAAGUUUUUUUUUCUUUGCCUGCGAGGCCGUGAGAGUUUUCUUUGCCUUCAGGGCUGUGAAAGUUUUCUUUGCCUGCGGGGUUGUGAAAGUUUUCUUUGCCUGCGGGGCCGUGUAAGUUUUCUUUGUCUGCGUGGUUGUGAAAGUUUCUUUGCCUGCGGGGCUGUGCAGAAAGUUUUCCUUUGCCUGCGAGGCCGUUAAAGUUUUCGUCCCCUGUGGGGCCGUGUAGGAAGUUUGGAUUUAUUUGCCUGCGGGGCCGUGGAAGUUUCCUUUGCUUAGGAGGCCGAGAAAUUUUCUUUGCCUUCGUAGCCGCGAAAGUUGCUUUGUCUGCGGGGCUGUUAAAGUUUUCUUUGUCUGCGGGGAUCAAAGUUUUUUCUUUGCUUGCGAGGCCAUGAAAGUUUCUUUGUCUGCACUGUCAUUUAAAAAUUUUUUGUUUGUGCUUCUGGGGUCGAAAAUAGUUUCGGUAUUUUGUUUUUUGGAAUGAAAUGCUUUAUGUUCACCUUCGGUUGUGGUAGUUUGAUGCUGGCGCGCAAGAAUAAAUUUGUUUUUUUCCCCUUUAGCCUUUUUUUUUUUUUUUUUUUUUUUUUUUUUUUUUUUUUUGUGGCUUGAAUUUUACUUUGUAGCCCCUCGUUUAAGAAAUUGCUUGCUGAUGUUGAAAGUUCUGUUGCCAUGCUUUGCUUCGUUGGAGUGUGAUGCCUGAGCAUCAGUCGCCGUUCAUUUGCUUGUGCAAGCUUACGUGUAGUAGCUUUGAGUUGUACGGUAUGUAAAAAAAAAAAAAAACGAAAAAUUGCUCUGCCGCUGUGUGUUUUUAAAACAUUUUUUGGCCUGUGAGGCUAGGAGCGUUCAUGGUUAUUGCUGGAAGUUUGAGGUUUUGAUAAUUUAAUUUAAUUUUUAUUUCAUUUAAUCUAACUUAAUGUAAUGUAAUAUUUCAUAACUUGUAAUCUAAUUGGUGUUGUUCUUUUUCAGCCUGUAUUAUACUGUGCUUGAUCAGUUAUGAGAUUGCGUAAUGUAAAGAAAGGAAAUGAAUGGAUCAGUGAUUUUUUAUCUUGCCUUUCGAAUUCUGUUAUAUAGGAGGAGGGUGAUCUUGCUCGUGUCUUAGAGAGACUUAAGAAGUUGGAAGAUUCCCAAAAGAAAUCUGUUGAAUCAGUGUUGGAGGAUUUACAGCACCUAAUACGUUCUCCGUUGUUCCAGAAGGACCAGGCAAUUGAUUACCUAGUGAAUCUGAAGAUUGUGGCCAAGGAAACAAAACAUGCGAAAGCUGGAUUUUAUUCUGCAGUGCUAACAGCAAUGCAAAAUAAAAUGUGGGCCUCAAACAUGCAAUUUAAGCGCUAUCUUGAAGCCCUCUUAGGAGAUAAGGAGGAUGAAGUGGUACUCAAGUGGAUUGCUGCCGUAGAUAAAGCGUUGCGAGUGCCUGGAGUUGGUGCAAAUCGUUUCAUGCCAAGGGGGAGAGGC